AUGUCUACUUCAGAGACCAUAACCUUAAGGAGUAGUGAUGGAGAAGAUUUUGUGGUCGAAGAAGAUAUUGCUCUUCAAUAUGAAUAUGUUAAGAAAUAUAUGCGAGACAAAUGUGUUAUCGACAACACAAUACCAAUACCCCUCACAUCAAGCAAGGUUUUGGCUAAAGUUGUCGAAUACUGCAAGAAACAUGCUGAAAGUCCUCGAGGGGACGAUGGUAAAACUGAGGAAGAGCUACUGAAGACUUGGGAUGCUGAAUUUGUUAACGUCGACUUGUAUACAUUCUUAGAAAUUAUGUUUGCUGCAAAAUUGUUGGGUAUUAAAAACUUAGAGGAUUUUGUUGAUCAGAAAGCUGCCACAAUGAUCAUGACAAUGUUGGAUAAAGUUAAAAAGAUAUUCGGGGUGAUCGGGGAAAUUUUCCAGAUGUUCGGUAAAGUUUAUAAUUUUUUGAAAGCGAGACCUUCUGGUAGUAUAUUAUGGGACAACGUCUGGGAAACCGCAAUGGUAGAACAGGGCAUUGGGGCAUUUCCACAAUCUGAUUCUUAG